AUGCUGUCUCCGCUAUUAUCCACAGUUUCCUCCUCCUUAGCUGCAAAGGACGUCGACUCGAAGUCCCUCGAUAGGACCGAGUCAGAUGUUGCGCCUCGAACCUCGCAGGUCAAGGUCGAGGAAGCAGGUGUCUGUUAUUCGCACCUGCCAUUCGAAAUCCCGGGUGCUGUGGUGUUGUCUGCUCCUUCCAUUUCUACCCUUCGAGAAACUGCGGACGAUGUCUAUCAUCAAAUCAACACCAACACGUCUUACUCGAACCAGUUUAUCAUCGUGUCAAACAUAUCCCAGCAAGUGCAGGAGCUAAUAGCUGGAGAUCGAAACCCUCUUGAGGUUCCCUACAGAUUGACACUCGACACACAGCACCAGCAAGGGGUCAUUCGAAUCAUACCAUCAGGAGCUCAUGAGCGAGUGACGCGGUCAUUUUCAAACAAACUCGUCCUAAAAUUAAUCGAAAUGGGAAUUGAUUCGGAUGAUUACACUAUGAACUCGGCUACCCGAUAUCACGGAAGAACAUGCGAUAAAGAAGCCGACGAGUGUCUUACUCCGUCAGGAAAUCCUUUUGACAAUAAUAACUGGCCUUCGCUCGUUAUUGAAACUGGUCUUUCUGAAUCAGAAGCCCAACUACGAGCCGACGCAUAUUGGUGGUUCUCAAAUUCCGACUACAAAGUCAACAUGGUUAUUCUCUUCCACAUCCAAAGAUCGCCCGAGCGCAGACUCACCAUAAAACAAUACAGUCUGAUACCAACCACUCCCAGAUUCACCCGUGGACUACAGGCGGAGGCCCAGCGCACUCUGCUAUCUCAAACAGACUCCCCAAUGGUGCUACGUCAUUCAGCGGUCAAUGAGGUCGUUAUUGCCUCAAACAAUGUCCAGAAUGCCCCUCUACACUUGGAUUUCGAAUCCGUUAUGCGCCGCCUGCCGACCCCUAACACGGGGGAAGGAAAUAUCACAUUCACGGCCGAGGAUCUUGCUGCGUGCUGCCGCCAUGUCUUUCUGGGGGCCUGA